UAUCUUUCUGUCCCUUUGUAAAAAGACACACAAACAACUAUAGCUUCUAUGGCUCAGAGUUUUGAAGAUGUUUGCAGUAAAAUGCUCUGUAUUGAUGAUCUCAAUGUCGUUUAUAAUGAAGUUUAAACCCAUUGCUGCACGUUGGAAGCAGUUUGCUAACUCACUAUACGUAAGACCAGCUACCAUUGAUAUCAUUGAAGCUAAUUGCGGUAGUAGUUGUGAGUCAUGUCUACAUAAGGUUUUGGAGCACUGGUUAAGGAAGGAUUACAAUUAUGAGUUCUUUGGCUCUCCAUGUUGGAGGAGAGUAUGUGUAGCUGUUAAAGAAGGAGGAGGUGAUCCAGCAUUAGCUGAAGAGAUAGCUCGUAAACAUCCUCUACCAGAAUCUAUUGGAGGAGAAAGCACAACAGAUUCUAUUUAUGCUCUUCCUGUGAAGGAUGUUCGUCUUCUGAAUGAGAUAUAUGAGCUUCAAUGGGAUUUUUCUGAUAUUCUUAAAGAAACGAGAGAUGCUUUUAAACCUGAACUCCUUCCAGAUAUUAUUGAUUAUCUUGAGACACAUGUCCCUGCUUUACUUGGUCCAAAUAAGAAUUACCAAGCUAAAGAAAUUACAGAAGAGUUUAAUAAUAUACAAACAACAAAAGACCUUUUUAAAGUUUUGCAACGAAAGUACAUAUCAUGGUUCAACUAUGAACUAAUAGUUAAACUUGUUAAUGUAUUCCUACCUGACAAUCAUUUGUUAAAGAGGGCAUGGUCAGGUUACAAAGAGAAAUUGAAGGAUUAUUUUCUUAACAGUGGUGGUUUAUUAACUGAUGCUAAUGCUUUAGAAUUUGGUAUAAAAGAUGUUCCUCCUGGUACAAAAGUAAUGAUUGCCAAAGUUGAUCGUGAUGACUACACAUUAGCUGACCUCUUCUUCUUUCGUCGAGCAAUACCAAAAGAACUAAAUAUUCCUGAUGUUUAUUUAUACUUCAGUUUCAUUCGUAUUGGCUGACUUUAAUUGGCUCAGGUUAAUUCUCUCUUUCUAUUUGCCAGGGUCUUUAUUCCUUGACUAUCUUAUCAUUAAACUGACACAUUAUGAAUGUAUUUAGACGUACCAUUAUUUUAUUAAAGUAAUUAUAAUUAUCAUUUAUAUUAAGAGUUGUAACGUUCAGUAUACAUGUGCAUGUGUGAUUGAUUGCAUGUUAAGAUUAUUGUCAAAACUUAACACAUGAAGUGUGUACUCAUGGCCAACUACAACUAGUCCGGCAUUCAGUAGGUGGACUUUUUGU